AUGUCAUAUAAUCCUUAUGCCUAUACAGGGAAUUCAAAUGAAGUCGUAACUGACCGAUUUGCUAAUAAUAAUAACAAUAACAAGAACAAUAACCAACAACAUCAACAACAACAACAACAACAACAACAACAACAACAACAACAUGGCUCCUUCAGUGGAGCAUCUAAUGGGUUUAACAAUAAUUUCAACGGUCAACCAAAUAUGAUCCCCCAACAACAACAACAACCAGGCCAACCACCACUGCAACAACAACAACAACAGCAACCAGGUUUUCCAUUCCAAGAUCCUCGUAAUACUAUGGCUUUCCAAAUUGGUCAAUCUGCAUUUAAUAAUUUCAUAGGACAAGAUAAUUUUAACCAAUUCCAAGAAAAUGUUAAUAAAAUGACGGGUUCUUCAUCAUCUUUAUCUCAUUAUUUCCAGGUGUCUACUGUUUACGUAUUGAACAAGAUUAAACAAAUUUUGUUUCCUUUCACUAAUAGUAAUAAUUGGCAACGUAUGAUUGAUAAUAAUUCUCAAUCGAAUAACGGUAAUGGUGCCAAAUUCUUACCACCAACAGAAGAUAUUAAUUCUCCAGAUCUUUAUAUACCCAUCAUGGGUCUAGUGACAUAUAUUCUAAUUUGGAAUACUCAACAGGGUCUACAAGGUUCAUUCAAUCCUGAAAAUCUUUACUAUAAAUUAUCAUCCAUUUUAGCAUUUGUUGGUUUAGAUUUAUUCAUCUUAAAAUUAGGACUUUAUUUAUUGGUCAAUACAAAAUCUCCUACGACAAGUAUAACAGAAUUAAUUUGUUACGUUGGUUAUAAAUUUGUUCCAUUAACUUUAGCACUUUUCUUUCCACAGCAACCAUUAUGGAUUUCAAUACUUGGCAAGAUGUAUCUUUUCAUUGCAUUUGGUGUAUUCUUAUUAAGAUCUGUUAAAUUCAACUUGUUUAAUAAUUUAAAUGAUGAGAUGGGUAGUGUCAAGAAAUCUACUGUCAAGAAAUGUAACUAUUUCUUAUUCGUAUAUGGAUUUGUUUGGCAAAGUGUAUUAAUGUGGUUAAUGGGUUAG